AUGAGCUCGAUAAAGUUUCUGUUGUUUGUAUGGAUUCCAUUGACGAACAGCCUUGUAAUUCCGAGCAGCAACGGACUAAUUUCAAAAAAUUUGAGCCAAUCUUCCGCUUCGUCUCAUCUCAAUGCUUCCAACGAAGCGGGUCCUGGGCUUUGCGAGAGUGGGUGGACUUACUUUGACAAAACCGCGGCUUGCUACAAGACUUUCCUUGAUGCAAAUGCUUACGAUGCCGAAUACAUCUGUAACGCUCUUGGAGGACAUUUGACUUCGAUACACAGCCUUGCCGAAAAUAUUUUUGUAGCAGAGUUGGCAAGAACGGGUAGGCCAUGGAAAGAUGCACAUGACCUAACCUGGAUCGGUCUAUGGGCUAAAGGUACAGGAAGCAAGGUCUGGGCUUGGACUGACGGCACAAAAGUUGACUAUCUAGACUGGAUUGCGAGAGACCCUCAGGCUCAUGAAGACCAACGCUGCGUGUUGCUGUACAGUGAUAAUCGUCUCGACUCACAUUAUCCUCCUUUCUAUCAAAAAUGGGACGACUACAUAUGCGCCGAAAAAGAGAGAUCGUUCGUAUGCAAGAAGACGGCUUUGCAUCACAUCACAGAGCUACACAUACGUGCUAUAACAGAUUAAUGAAAAACAAAGUUUUUAGUGAAAUCUAAGUUGUAAGCGUAUUAA